GACGACUCUAGGUGGCGACACCGAUUUCCGCAGACGCAAAAGCUAUCACAAUAAUGGACGAUGCCUGACCAUCAAAAGCUGGCAGCAGACAGCAGUGGCACCGGCGCCAGUGCCAGCUCCCACCCGCAGCUGGCCUACCAAGGCCAGAGCUCUGAGCAGUCGAGCGGGUCCUCGGGUCCGUCAUCGCCCCACCAGGACCUCUCUGAGCGGAGCAGCAGCUGCUGUCCAAUCUCGGACCCCCUUGUCGGUCCCCAUCUUUCACCUGCACUGCGGGGUUCCCCACAACCCGUUAAGUUUGGGGAGCUCGUCAUUCUCGGGUACAACGGUUCCUUACCUCAUGGAGAGAAAGGUCGUCGGAGAAGCAAGUUUGUUUUGUACAGGCGGAAUUUUCCAAAUGGGAUUAAAAAGUCGAAGCACUACAUCGUCAAAACCCCACAAUCUUCACAAGCUGUGCUGGACAGCAAACAGCACUCCAUUUCGUACACACUUUCUCGGACACAAGCCGUCAUUGUCGAAUAUGUUCUAGACGAAGAAACAGACAUGUUUCAGAUUGGACGUUCGUCGGAGAGUCCGAUAGACUUUGUCGUCAUGGACACCAUUCCAGGGGAUAAGGCAGGGGCCCACGAGAUCUUGCAGAGCACCAUCUCUAGAUUUGCGUGUCGCAUCUUGGUCGAGAGAAACAAGAACCAUCGUACUUUCGUCUACGCUGCCGGGUUCGACUCUUCACGGAAUAUUUUCCUAGGCGAGAAGGCAACAAAAUGGCAACAGGAUGGAGAAAUCGACGGCCUGACGACGAACGGUGUUCUCAUAAUGCAUCCUCAGGGUCCUUUCUGUGGGGGAGAAAGCUCAGGGAUAUGGAGGGAAGUGUCUGUAGGUGGUGGAAUCUACACGCUACGAGAGUCUCGCUCAACACCACAGAAGGGGAUCAAGAAGGAAGACGAAACAAACAUGCUACGGGACGGUUCCUUAAUCGAUCUUUGCGGUGCCACGCUGUUGUUCAGAUCGGCAGAAGGACUUAUGAAAUCACCCACGAAGCGUCACUUGGAGCAGAAGAUAGAGGAGCUGAACGCGGGACGUCCGCAGUGUCCUGUGGGGCUCAACACGCUGGUGAUUGCCACACGUUCAACGCUGAGCCACGCAGAUAAGCAGCCCUACGUGUACCUCAACUGCGGCCACGUCCAGGGACUCCACUCUUGGGGGCUGCAGGACCACUGCCCCGAUGCUCGCGAGUGCCCCAUGUGCUUCAAGAUUGGUCCAGUGGUAAAAUUAUGCAUGGGCAUUGAACCGGCAUUCUACGUUGACAGUGAGCCUCCCACCUACGCUUUUAAUCCUUGUGGUCACAUGGCUUCAGAGAAAACAGUGAAGUACUGGGCUCUCGUACCCAUUCCCCAUGGAACCAACGGCAUGCUGGCCGCAUGUCCAUUCUGUGCUGUUCCCCUCAAGGGAUAUCCUGGUUAUGUGAGACUAAUUUUUCAAGAUCACGUCGAUUGAAAACUCGCAACUAGUAGUAGUCAUUACACACCUUGCAAAACGCUGGAACGAGAGAAAGCGUAAACAUCUCACAUGCCGGCGAGAGAAGUUGAGAAAGUUGCCGACACGUUAUGAACAGAUGCCACUUAGGAGAGAAAUCACACUUAACUGGGACAUCGCUUAAGUUUCUUUCUCGAGCAGCAUCAGCGAAUAUUUGAACUUGUCACUCGUAACCAUGGAUUAUAGCUCCUCGUUGUUUGCUGGUUAAUUAGAUAACCAGUUAAUUACAUGCUUAACUGGAACGUCACUUAAGUUUCUUUCUCGAGCGGCAUCAACGAAUAUUCUAACUUGUCACUCGUAACCAGGGAUUAUAGCUUCCCCUUGUUUGCUGGAUAAUUGCAUAAGGUGCCAUGUUGAGAUUGCACUGUGCUAUAUUGUGAGCUGCCGUGCUAACAACUGUAAGAGUGGUUUCAUCAUCAUAGUGUGCAUGUUUUGAAGCAAACGGAGCUUACGAUGCACAUUUCAGUGUCAGUUGAGUGAAUGUUAUUUAAGUAUACCACAUUCUAAAGGCCUUUUGUAUUCUUUUAAUGGAUAUGUUUUGUUCAACAUGAUAGCAGUAUGCAUCGCUGUAGGAGAUUUGAUAAAGAGUCUUUGUGGCAGUUGAAGUUCAACAGCAGCGUAGCCAGAAAAAUAUUUCGGGAGAGCUUCGAUGGGGACUUUACAUGGGGGAGGAGGAUUUCGCCCUAUUUACCCUCUCCCAAAUGCAGUUUCCAGAGGGGUUUUUAGAAACCCUUCCCCCCCCCUUCUGGCUACGCCGCUGAAGUUCAACGCUGCUCUAUGUAUGUAGAUUUAGGAUGCCAAAUGAAUAUGUCGCUAUAGCUACAAACAUCAUUGAACAUGCACUGGUGUAUAGAGGCAUGAAAUUUGCAUACUAUAAUUUGUGUACCAUAUUUCUAUACCGCAAACAUUUUCACAACGAAGAUGAAAUGUUGUGAACGUGAGCUUCACAUGUGCGUCUACACAAGCUGUAAGCUUACAGAAGUGAUUCAUAAGUUACUCGUUAUUUGAAAAAUGUGUUCAAUUCUAUACUUCUUACAUACCCUGCCUUUGACUGCAUUUUCUGGGACUAUAAAAUAGAAAAGGCUCAUUUAGUAACAUUUUGACAAGUUUUCAAGGUCAGCUUAGUAGUCAUAGUUCCUUGCUCCACGAUUCUGUAGGCCUGCCCGUGCCACAGCAAGCGGGUGCACUAAGCUGCAUGAAAUGUCCCCACAAUUUCAUGACCUCUACUUAUAUUCCAACCAUGCAGCCCUGCAUGUCGCAGGUUUGAUCCUUCAAACAGUGCUGAAUCAUAUCACAGAGUGGUUGUGCAGGUAAUCUUUCCAUCUGUCACAUUCCUCCUUUCAUAUUUGAGCCGCGUCAUCAUCAUCACCCUAAAGUAAAUGACGACGAAGUUAGAUGUAUAUGUUGCCGAGAUGUCACAGUGGGCUUUGCAGAUCGCCUGAUCUUCUGAAUCAUGAGUAUGACAAAAUGCCCCAGGUUUUUGUGUGUUUCUUUUUUUUUUCUAAAAAAUAAAAAUGUGUACUGUCUCCGACACAUUGUUCUUUUCGCAGAACUGUGAAAAAAGAUGAAGAGAAAAAAAAAACACUCUGAGCUUUUGUAUUUUCUUAGAGAUCAAAGCUACUUUUUUUACAAUGUACGGCGGAUGCAAUGGAGGGAGGUCGAGUUGGGUUUGAAGGAGGAGACAAAUUUACCGUUUUCAUUUUGAUCACAGUUCUUAAAAAGUCGUAGAACUUUACAACAUUGUGCUGCAUUAUAUUUUGUGGAUGUCCCACGACUCUUGUAACUUUUUCUAUGGCGAUUGAUUAUGCGGCAGGAAAAUAGUGGAACGAAAGCAUCUUUUGUGAAAGGUAGCAAAAUAGUAGUGAAGAUGGUGUGCUGGAUACCGUAGCUAAAUGUGUUGGUGCAGUCAGACACAGACACUAUGUAGACACUACGGAUGCCCCUUUUCCCUGCAGACCGACAACACUCGCAUGUGUUACCCAAUGGAGGUGGUCAGUUUGCAGCACAAGAAUGGUAACUUUGAACUCUUCCUUAUAAAACUAUAAAUUACUCUCAUAACCUACUUUUACUUUGGACUUUGAGGUUUCCUGUGGGAAACAGCAGCAAUGUCAACAGAAACACUCUAUUGCAAUAGUCAGGGAACAAAGUGGACGUUUCGUAAAACUGAGGGCGGACUGCACCAGAACAUUGCCUCGUACAUGGUUUUCCUACCAAACAAACCUGCCUACUUUUGCUGCUGCUUUCACUUCUAUGAGCACAUUAAUACAUAUUCCAUUCCGCCAUUGCAUGCAGGAGCGUUUUCUUGGAUCUCAAAGUCCCCCAAUUUCCAUGUUCACAACGCAUGCAUGAUAGCAAAGAAAAAAAAAAAGGAUUUUUCUUGCCAGCACAGAGGAUGCCCCUACGACGUGUAGGCAAUGAAUGAGGAUCCAAAUAUUUGGAGCAUCCAACAACAUUGGCGUUAGUAGUGCUCCAGCUAGUUUCGAAACCUCAAACAAAUCCGUAGCAUCAGUUAACAACGAUUUAACAUUGGAUUGGAUGCCAAAAAUCACUGUUCCGUCAAAUUGGGAGUGCACCUGCUCUGAAAGACUAGCCCUGAAAGAAGGCAUCUUACAAUAAGAAUUCUGACCAAAGAAUGCUAGUGUACAUAACUUGGGAGACACGUAUUUAUUACAAACUGUAAGUUAUUUUUUGUGACACUCAUAGCACCUGUGAGACAUAUUACGCGUUUAAAAAAUCAUCUUCCCAGCAAAAGGAACUGAAUGUGUUUGCCUACACAACGAUACCUGCAUUCCUUUCCAGUGUGGCUUCUUGCGGAAUAGAAGUUCAGAACACUUCCGCUGAAUAUUAUUUUUAUGGCCUCAGCAAUGAUGUAAGCAUGUCAGAGCAGCUAGUGGUCUUGUGAUUCCAUUUUACCGUUUGUAUUUAUAGCCAAAUUUGAUUAAGGAUAACGAAAGGCGAAGAUUCUGUGAAUCCAUUGUUGCACUGCAUUGUGGAGGCCAUAAAGUGCUGACACCUCAUUAAGUCAGUUAACCAAGUGCCCGAAUUAAGCAGUUUUGGAUUAAUUAAUCUACAAAAGUAACGACAAGAAUGUGCUAAUAACACUAGCAGGUCCUCGAUUUAGUUAAGUUUCAAUUGAUGAGAUUUCGCUGUGUUGUAUAUGUAGUAUUUAGAAUCCAAUUGGGUACACCUCGUGCUACUUUUGUAUUGACUGGAAUAUUUGACAGAUUCGUGGAGGAUGACUCGAAUGCAUUUGAAACCUUUUUUUUUUUUCCCUCCUCUUUAUUAUUUGCUUGCAUGUAAUAUCUCCAACGUAUUCCCUCUUUCUGAACAUGGCUUUUCUGGCGUAUCCACUGUUGUACCUUAAUGGUGAAUGUAAGAGAAAGGCACUAUAUUUUUCAAUGAAUGUUGAACACAAACUGUAGCGAGACUUGUACAGAGGGUCUUAUAGCGCGUAGCGAUCGAACGUGAGGAAGUUGUACAAACCAUGAAAAACCAGCACUUUGCUAGGUUUUCACUUGCACUACAUGCAUGUACUCACUGUAUCGAUAUGGUUUUAUAAUGGAAUUUCCAUGUCCUUGAUUGUCCAUACCUACUUAACGGGAUUGAUCUGUUUGCCAUGUACGUUUACAAACUGUAGAUAAAAAUGGGCCACUGUAACUGGCAUUCACUGACUGUAUAAUAGAAUAAAAAGUGUCUCGAACGAUGGUA